UUGAAGAUUGCCUCCUAUCCUCGCAAAUACACAAGCAUUCGCAUCCUUAGGUGAUCGUCCCAAAGCACUCCUUCACGAGACCCUACUUUAAGUGUACAUUUCAAAUUCAAACUUCACACAGGGGCCAAUAAUUUGGAGGGAAAUAGAAUGCACCUCUUCAGAAGAAACCAGAGCAUUUUACUUCAAACAAUUUUCUUCGUCAUCAUUUUCAGUUGAAUUCUCCAAAUUUGUCCGAGAAGCUCAAUUUAGAGGGCUUCCUUUCAAAUCUGGUGUUAGGCGAGCUAUUUUUUUCCCCUUUCAAUGGCUAUUGUCCAGGACAGCGAGGGAAUUUUAACCCUAGAAGAUGAAGAGGAAGAAGAAAAGGAAGAAGAAGAGGCUUCUGAUGACGAUGGUGAUUAUAAUGACAAUGACGACGACGACUACAAUACAGACGACGACGAAGAAGUAAACAACGACAAAGAUGAAGAAAAUAAUGAAGAUUGUUGCAAUUCAUACCGAGACAGGAAGAAGCAAAAUGUCGCGGCAUUGUUGAGUGGUAAUCUUGUUGUGAGAAGGCAAGCACUACUUCCCAGAGUACUAUCAGUCUCUGAUGGUGCUGCCAUUGCAAGGAAGCCCUUCAAAUCUCCCUGUCCUAAUGGCCAGGCUGACAAGAAUGAAGAACUUACUCGGCGCCUUUUUGCUCGGAAACGAUUUGUCCCAUGGGGUUUGCAGAAGCCAGUCUUGACUCCGAUCACUAAUUUGCCAUUGCUUUCAAAGGUCACUGCCAAAGAGAUUGAGGAGGAGGAGCCAUGUCUUCCUCCUGGCAUUGAGCCUCUUGUCUUGUGGCAUCCAGAAUAUACAGAUGGUGCUGGAGCAGAGUCUGAUCCAAUAGUAGUGGAUCCCAUCCUUGUUCGUUUUCUUCGUCCACAUCAAAGGGAAGGUGUACAAUUUAUUUUUGAAUGCGUGGCAGGCUUGCGAGAGUUCUCAAGGGCUGAUAAAAGUCAUGCUGGUUGCAUUCUAGCAGAUGACAUGGGUUUGGGGAAGACAUUACAGUCAAUUACGCUUUUAUACACCAUGCUCCGACAAGGGUUUGAUGGAAAACCAAUGGCCAAGAGAGUAAUAAUUGUUACUCCAACAAGCCUUGUAAGCAACUGGGAAUCGGAAAUAAAGAAAUGGCUUGAAGGACGAGUUCAUGUCAUUGCAAUGUGUGAGACAAGCCGAUCAGAUGUUGUAUCAGGAAUUAACAUUUUUUUGGACCCUCGUAGUCAAUACCAGGUUCUGAUAAUUUCUUAUGAGACUUUUCGAAUGCAUUCAUCCAAGUUUGAGAAAGAGGGUAGUUGUUGUCUUCUCAUUUGUGAUGAAGCUCAUAGGCUUAAGAAUGACAGUACGAUUACAAAUCGGGCGUUAGCCAGUCUGCAAUGUCGUAGGAGGAUUUUGUUGUCAGGAACACCCAUGCAGGAAAGUUACUACCUUUGAAGUAAUGACCUCGAGGAGUUUUUCGCCAUGGUUAAUUUCACAAAUCCUGGCAUUUUAGGCAAUGCAGGGACAUUUCGUCGCCACUAUGAAAUACCAAUUCUUCGUGGACGAGAGCCUACUGCAAGUGAGAAAGAGAGGAUACUAGGUGGGGAGCGGUCGGUUGAACUCAGUGAAAAAGUUAAUCAGUUCAUUUUGCGCCGAACCAAUGCAUUACUAUCAAAUCAUCUACCUCCAAAGAUUGUGGAGGUGGUUUGUUGCAGGAUGACUGAUCUUCAAGCUAAUUUGUAUCGACAUUUUAUUCAGUCUAAGAAUGUUAAGCAAGCUCUCGAGGACCAAAAACACUCCAAAGUCUUAGCAUCAAUCACAGCCCUUAAAAAACUUUGCAACCAUCCAAAACUCAUCUAUGAUACAAUUCGAUCUGGUAGCACUGAAACAGCGGGAUUCGAAAAUUGUAUACAUUUUUUUCCACAGGAAAUGUUUUCUGGAAGGUCAGGAUCAUGGACAGGUGGUGAUGGAAGUUGGGUUGAGUUAUCUGGAAAGAUGAAUGUUUUGGCUAGACUUCUAGCACAUCUUUACCAAAAGACUAAUGAUCGCAUUGUGCUUGUUUCGAACUACACUCAGACACUAGAUCUUUUUUCUCAAAUUUGCCGGGAAAGAAAUUAUCCAUUUCUGAGGCUUGAUGGAACUACUUCAAUUAGCAAACGACAGAAAUUGGUACAAAGAUUCAAUGAUCCUUGUCAGAAUGAAUUUGCUUUCCUUUUGAGCAGCAAAGCUGGAGGCUGUGGGCUAAAUCUUAUAGGUGGGAAUCGGCUUGUGCUCUUUGAUCCUGAUUGGAAUCCAGCUAAUGACAAGCAGGCUGCAGCAAGGGUAUGGAGAGAUGGGCAAAAGAAGAGAGUGUAUAUAUAUAGAUUUUUAACAACAGGAACAAUUGAAGAAAAGGUGUUUCAGCGUCAAAUGUCUAAAGAAGGUCUUCAGAAGGUGGUUCAACAAGGACAGGCAGAUAAUCCAAAAUCUCAGGUGAAUUCAUUCUCCAUUGAAGACCUACGAGAUCUUUUUAUUCUUAGAGAAAACACAAGGUCAGAUAUUCACGAGAAUAUGGACUGUCAACGAUGUAAGCUAGAUGCAUCAGGAGAAUUUCCGGGGUUUCAAGACCUAGCUUCAGACCCAGUGGAAAAACUGAUUCCAGAUGAAGAUGAUAAUUCAGAUAUUGGCAACUUUGCAAAGAUUUCUGGUUGCUUAGAUAAGCAGAGACAAUCUGAGAAACAGGUUUAA